GCCGGUCAACGUUGUGGUCAACUUCCGGUCAACCCCCGGUCAACUCCGGUCAACGUCGGUCAACGCCUCCGGUCAACUCUCCCGGUCAACCCUUCGGUCAACUAUGGCUAAGAAGAAGAAGGAGAAGGAGAAGAAGAAGGAGCAGGAGGAGAAGGAGAAGGAGAAGAAGGAGAAGGAGAAGGAGAAGAAGGAGAAGGAGAAGGAGAAGGAGGAGAAGGAGAAGGAGAAGGAGAAGAAGGAGAAGGAGAAGGAGAAGAAGGAGAAGGAGAAGAAGAAGGAGAAGAAGGAGAAGGAGAAGGAGGAGAAGGAGAAGGAGGAGAAGAAGAAGGAGAAGAAGGAGAAGGAGAAGGAGAAGGAGAAGAAGAAGGAGAAGAAGAAGAAGAAGAAGGAGAAGAAGAAGAAGAAGAAGAAGAAGAAGAAGAAGAAGAAGAAGAACAACAACAACAACAACAACAACAACAACAACAACACAAGCAAGAACCGAUGAGGCAGCUCUGAGUGGCUAUUGAUGUUACUGGACUCUGGGGAAGUAGUGGUGACUAACCCAGUAGAGGGAAGGGAAGCGCUGCUCCUUCAGAGCAGCGCCAUACUGAUCUAAGACAAUUAUUGAUGUGAUGAGACUCUGAUAUUUGGUA